GAUAUAAUGAAAUUUCAGCCGCAAAUCUGUGUGCUCGCGACCUCCCUCCAUUGGGAAAGAGCUAGCCCGAAAAAAGGGGAGAAAAUACGGGAUACCAUGGAGCGUAGCUAGUUAGCUGUAGAAAAAAAGCAUGAUAAAUACCUUUUUGAUAGACUCUUUCUAUUGGACUGCCCGAUGUGUAUUCAGUUUUUUGCGACGGAAAGUAAAAUGAAACGUGGAGCGGAAUUUGGGAGCUGCACAACCUUGCGAAACAACCAGGAGAGAUUUCUUUAGCGAGCUAACGUUAACUUGCUAGCUCAUGAAGAAGCGGUGGUAAACUUCGUAAUGAGCAAUUGCUACCAUUGGAAUUGUCGGAACCCCACCUCAAUUGUUAUGUCUUUUUAGAAAUGGGAUUCUUUUAUUUUCUCUGUGGACACUGAAAUUUCAACGCUUGGUGUUACACGUUAGGGAAUUGUGAAAUUGCUUUGUUUACUGCUUGCUUGGUAACAGUAUUGAUUACAAACUAGCUAUUUAAUCGCUCCCUACUGGCUUUGUGGGGACAGGCCAUGGACUAACUAAGGAACAUAUAACAGACAAGGUAGCUAGCUUGCAGGCUAGCUAUCGAUUACUGGCAAAUAUAACCAAACCAUUAAUACAUUCCGAAGUGGAGUCUUGCAGCAAUUCCGUUUUAAAGAAGCAGAAGAUCACAGUAACCCCGUGGUUUGGAUCAUGCAUGGGAUCAGAGAGCCCUUCUUACGAAUGGGAUAAAUAGCCUAGUUACAAGAUAUUAAGGGAGUGAUUCAAUCUAGGCUAUCUGAACAGUGAAAUAUCGAGUCAUCGGACAAAAAGGAAAACUACGAUGUCCACCGCUAAAGAGAACCCCUGUAGGAAAUUCCAAGCAAACAUUUUCAAUAAAAGCAAAUGUCAAAACUGCUUCAAACCCCGGGAACUACAUCUAUUGACCGACCAAGAUCUGAACCAGGCCAAACCUAUAUAUGGAGGCUGGCUGUGUUUGGCUCCAGAGGGAACGGACUUUGACAAUCCUAUGCAAAGAUCACGGAAAUGGCAGCGGCGGUUCUUUGUACUCUACGAACAUGGCUGCCUACGCUUUGCAUUGGACGAAUCGCCCAGCACACUGCCUCAAGGCACGGUCAACAUGAACCUCUGCACUGACGUAAUCGAUGCCGAGCCCAAGACUGGCCAGAAGAAUGCCCUGUGCAUCAUCACGCCGGAGCAGGAGUACUUCAUCCGCGGAGACAACAAGGAGAUUAUCAAUGGAUGGAGCGAGCAGCUGGUGGUCUACCCAAGAACCAACAAGCAAAACCAGAAGAAGAAGCGCAAGGUGGAGCCGGCCACGUCCCAGGAACCCGGUCCGGCCAAAGUGGCCGUGACUGGCUCUGGGAUCCCCGAGGCGGAGAAGGUUCCGGACUCCAGCUCCAUCAUCUGGCAGGAGGAGCUGCAGAGCCGCGAGGCCGACGUGGGCCAGGUGUGGUCGUCCCCCGACAUGGCGCCCCUGGGGUCACCCUCGGCAGGCGAGGGGUCAUCGGUCAGUCGCAGUUCAGACCAGGGCUCCGUGAAUGGUGACGAAAUGGACCGGAGUCCGUUCCCCCCGGCGGCGGUACCCUCCCACGAGCUCCUGUCGCCCACGGGCAGCUCGUCCAGCCGCCACAGCUUCGGCAGCGUCGGCGGGGGCAUCCCACGCUGCCUCUCCCCGGCGCCCAGCGACCCCUUCCCGUCGGGCAGCAGCCUGCUGUCCAACGGCUCGCACAUCAGCGGCUCCAUGAGCUCGCUGGACUCGGAUGCCAGCGGCAGCACGGUGGCCAGCAGCGACAGCCACCCGGCCGCCGGCGAGCCCGGGGCCGGCCGCGGCCUCCACCACCAUCACCACCACCGCGGGCUGCACGACACGCCGCGCUCACGCCGCCUUGAGGCGGAGGCGCGCAAGGCGGAGAAGAGGAGCAGGGCGCAUAGCCCAGAGGGUCAGGAGACGCCCCUCAGCCCGGAGAGGAGUGGGCGCUCAAACGUGAUCGAGAAGCUGGAGGCGUUGGAGCUGGAGAACACUGAGCGCAUGGAGGUGGACGAGUCGGACCGCAGCGCUGCCCGAGAGGGUCGUAGCGAGAUAAGACGCUUCCACAGAGAGGAGCAGAAGAAUUACCAGCACACAGCCUUACCUCCACUGAGGCGUGCCAAGUCACUGGACCGCCGGACCACCGAGUCUGUCAUGACACCUGACCUGCUGAACUUCAAGAAAGGUUGGAUGGUGAAGCUUGAUGAACAGGGACAGUGGAAGAAGUAUUGGUUUGUGCUGACCGACCAUAGUCUACGAUACUACAAGGAUUCAAUUGCAGAGGAGGCCUCAGACUUAGAUGGAGAAAUAGACCUCAGUACUUGUUACAAUGUCACAGAACACCAAGCUCAACGGAACUAUGGCUUCCAAAUCCAUACGCAGGAGGGAGUCCACACUCUUUCGGCCAUGACGGCAGGGAUCCGGCGCAACUGGAUCCAGGCGGUGAUGAGGAACGUGCGGCCCUCUACCGCGCCAGACGUGGCCAGCCUCAGUGAUGACCAUAACUCCUGCACGCCUCUGGAGAGCCUGUCUAGGCCCGACGUCACCCAGGACUCCGCCUCGGAGGCCUCGUCAGUGGAGCGCGAGCCGGGCCCUAAGAAGAGCCGGGCGCGGGAGCGGCGGCGCGAGGGCCGCUCCAAGACCUUCGACUGGGCCGAGUUCCGGCCCACCGCCCAGGCGCUGGCGCAGCAGCGGGCCAGCGAGGCCGAAGCCCUGCAGGCCGAGCUCAGCGACUCGGAGCGCAGCCGCCGACGGGAGGAGCGCCGCCGGCGCUACGGCUCGGUGGCCGGUAGCUCGCCAACCGACUCCCUCGGCGGCAUGGACUUUGAGAGUGCAGGAGGAGGAGGAGGAGGAGGUGGUGGCCGGCUGAGCGAGGGGGGCUCCACGCCGCCGCACCAGCCGCAGCCGGUGUCCCUGGAGAGGCAGCGGAAAGUGGAGGAUGAGAUCGAGCAGCACUGGCAGCAGGUGGAGAAGACGCCCAUCCGCGAGGAGAGGAGGGUGCCGCUGGCCUCAGCGCUGCAGACGAGGGAGACGGCCGAGCUGGAGAAGCUGCUGGAGAGCUACAAGAAAGGGGUAGAAGACCUGAAGCAUCAGCUAGAGACAUGUCACGAGCAGCUGGCUGAGUCCAACUUGAACAAGUACGAGCUGGAGGAGCAACUGCGCACGGCACUGGAGCGAGAGCAACACAUCCGCAUCGGAUACAUCUCACCGCUGGAUUCCCCAUUGGGUCUUGAGGGAGAUCUUGAUCCCCAGAUGAAGAGGCCUGAACUGGUUAGUUCUCAAGCUCAGACAUUAACGCGGAAGUAUCAGGAAACCAAAGAGCUCCUGCAACUGCAAGAACUGAAAAAGCGCAACAUGCAGGCACAGCUUGGCCUUUCUCUCUCACACCUGUCCAUCCAGGAGCCUUGCACCCCUGAGCACCAAAAGCCCGCCACCUUGAAGAGUCCCCCCACUGAUCCCAUUCUAAAAACUGUCACAUUUAUGGUAGAGGAUAGUGAGGCCAAGAUUGAGGAGCUUGAAAAAUGUAUAUCUGGCAUGCCUAUCACUCUGAAAGAGUUACUGGUUUUGCUACACUCUCAUAGCGAGUUUACUAACAAGAGUGUCUUGAGUAGUCAGGAAAGAAAUGAACUGAGUUCUUCUGGAGACAUUACUAGCUGUCACAAGCUCUUAGAAAACCUCAAGUAUCAGCAAGAAGUGGAGAACGAGACUAUGAGGAGAAGCCUGGCCGAGGCUGGGGACAGCAUCCGCAACUACGAGGCACGACUGAUCACCAUGGAGGAUAUCUUGGGGAGGGUUCAGCAACAGAAAUUGGAAAGUCUAAAGAGCCCCUAUGGGCCGGCAUGUCAAAUUGAGGACUUAGCAGAAAGCACAAACAGAGGUCUGUCCCAGAGGGUUGAGUUGCUAACAACAGAGAACGAGGCACUUAAUCAGCGGUACCAAGAGAUUGUCAAUCAGUUGAGAGAGGCAGACCGGGAAAUUGAGAGGCUAAAGACAGAAUUGAGAGUGCAGGGUAGGCAGGAGCAACUCGGUACUUUAAAUCAAACCAAGGUUAAGCAAGUUAUAGACAGUUCGGUUGACCGUGACUUUUAUGAGAGGGAGUUGAAUGCGAAGUCUCGGAAGUUGCAGGAAGCUCUUGUUAAGUUAGAAGAGCUCGGAAACAAUCUGAAAGACACUGAAAAGCGGCUUCAGUUGAAGGAAGCCACUCUAAGAGGUUUGGGAUUUCAGAUGGGUGACCAAGAAAGUCACAGUAGUGAAGUACAGCUGGAGAAGGAAGAGCUGAAACUUCAGCUUGCAGUUGCCCAGACGAGGCUCUCUGAAAGGGAGCAGAGGCUUUUCGCUGCUGAACAAUCCUGGCAAGAACUUCAAGCCCAGAACCUGGAACUUCAGCAGAAAAACCAAGAAAUUGAAAGAUUACUUAGCAAACAGAAAGUAGCUGAUACAAUUGCAGAAACAAAUGUAGUAAUGACAGGUGCAGAGAUGGCGUCAGAUUGGAUUGAGAAGAAGCUGGAUUUAUGCCAGAGGAUGGAGCAAGCAAGUGAAGAGCUUACCACGGAAAAGAUAGGAGCUGAGAAAGUGAUUGAGGAAUUCAAAAUGAGGUCACAAGCCAUUAGUGUAUUAGUUGAGAUGUUGGGAGAGGCAGAUGCAGAGAAAAUGGAAGGUGAUUUAAGGAGUACAUUAAAAGUCAUGUGUGGACUUUGUCCUUUAGAUGAGCAUGUGGAAGUUAGUCAGACAGGUAAGCUGUUACUGCAGGAGGGAGAAUUUUGUAGUAAACUUUUAAGUGGUAUGAUGGUUAGUCAAGUGAAUCAAGAUGGUGAGGAUGCAUGUAGGACCGUAAGAACUGUAUCAGAACAGAUGUUACUAGAGAAAAUGUUGUUGCUGGUUAUGAAUCAACUGAACACCAAACCAAAUGUGAACAUGGAAAUUCAAACUCAAAGUGUGGAUGCAGACAUUGGAGACACGAGGCAGAUAAUUAAAGACUUUACGGGCCGAAAGUCUUGCACAUCGAUCAUCAAUGAUCUCAUAUAUACUCUACAAGAGAAAUUGUUGUGUAUGAAUCAAAUUGUUUCAACCUUGAAGACCUCUCCAAAUGAACAGCUCCAGACCUUGUUUGCAUUGUUAUCCAAGUAUACAGGUCCAAAACGGCAGUGGUCACAAUAUGUUCAAGAGGCAGUCUUGGAAGCACAUUGCUCUUAUUUGGAAUGUAAGCAGAAGUGCUAUCAGGACAUGGUGUUGCAAGAAUUGCAGUCAGAUAUCACCAGAGAUGGCUGCGCAAAUUGUGUGAAACUAAGAGGGCAGAACAAGGACCUCUCAUCCAAGUUGGAAUACUUGCAAAGACAGUUGUCGGUUCCCUCAACAGAGGACAUGAGCCCAGUCACACACAUACAGAUUGAAGGGGAGCCCAUUGACUCCCUUGAUAAGGCAAUCCAAUUGCAGGACAUGGUAGCUAAGCAUAGGAAAGAACUCCGGGAGCUGAAAGAAUCUUAUGAACAGGAGAUGUGCAAGCUGAGGCAGGACGUGGCCAAGAUGGGAGAAACUCUCCAGCUUAGAUCUGAGGAGAAUGUGAAGGAGAUUGACUCCUUGACCAUCUGCAUGGAGAACCUGAAGAGAAAGCAUGAGGAGGAACGAAGCUCCCUGGUGGAGCAGUUCAAUCAAGAGAUGGAGGAUCUGAAGAGUGCUGUACCUCCACAGGGCUUCAAGAAAGGCCAGGGCCCACCGGGCUCCCUUAAGGAGCGAAUCCAAGAGUUGGUCGCCCAGGUGGCAACCAUGACCGAGGAGAUGAAGGCCCGUGACCGCGACGGAGAGUCCGCAUCACUGCGCCUGAAAUUUGAGCGAGACCUGGAAAACCUGAAGGCUACGUGUGAGCGGGGCUUUGCCGCCAUGGAGGAGUCCCACCAGAAGGUGAUCGACGAACUGCAGAAGAAACACCAGCGGGAACUGGAGAAGCUGCAGGACGAGAAGGAGAGGCUCUUGGAAGAGGAGACGGCGGCCACCAUCUCUGCAAUUGAAGCUAUGAAGAACGCACACCGAAGUGAGCUGGAGAGGGAGCUGGAUAAGGCCCGCAAGGCCAACAGCAACACUGAAAACGCUGACAUCGAGGAGAUCCGCCGACAGCACGAAGAGGAGCUUUUGUCCUUCCAGCGGGAGAUCGAGGUGCUGUCGGAGCAGUACUCUCAGAAGUGCCUGGAGAACGCUCACCUGGCCCAGGCCUUGGAGGCCGAGCGGCAGGCCCUCCGGCAGUGCCAGAGGGAGAACCAGGAGCUCAAUGCGCACAACCAGGAACUGAAUAAUCGUCUUGCUGCUGAGAUCACAAAAAUGCGGUCCAUGACAAGUGAUGAGGGUGGAGAGACGUGCACAGUGAUUCAGGGGAAGGAGCUGUACGAGUUAGAGGUCAUGUUGAGGGUCAAGGAGUCCGAGGUUCAGUACCUGAAGCAGGAAAUUAAUUCUCUAAAAGAUGAGCUCCAGGCUGCCCAAAGAGACAAGAAAUACGCCACAGACAAGUACAAGGACAUCUACACGGAGCUGAGCAUCGUGCGGGCCAAGGCGGAGCGGGACCUGGGCCGCUUGCGGGAGCAGCUCCAGCUAGCCCACGAGGCCCUCGGCGAGCCUACGCUAGAGGAUGUGGAACGCAGUGGCUACGAUAUCAUGAAGUCCAAAAGCAAUCCUGACAUCCUCAAAAUGGCAGCGGCGGCAGCCAAACGCUCUGAGCGCACUAUGAGGUCAAAGUCUGUGAGUCGUGACAUGCCCUGGGACAGCUAAGGGCUGCCUGAGGACCUAGUGACUUCUUCCUUUAGAGUCUGAAGGAGGGACUGACUGCUGAGCAGAGGCUCCACUUGUUUGAUAACAAGGACACCAAGGAGUUCUGACAUUGAUGCAUCGACCCCUCCCAUGCUGCAUGAUAAGACGCUGCCUCCCCAAUACACUCCUUCACUCCCCACUCACUCACCCACUUUCCCACACACUAUAUUUUAGCCCAGUAAUUAACCAUUUAGAAGCACACUGGUCACAACGAGUCCGAUAUUAUAACGUGGUAUGAUGUUUGAAUUUUAUGUCUAUAGAGUAUGCAUUUCAUGCACUUCUGUUACUGUGACAUUUUUUUUUUAUCUCCAUUGCCAUGUCUUAAUGUAAAUACUGUUUUUUUUUUGUUUUUUUUUUUAAUUAAGCAUCUGUCACACAUACACUAAAUAUGUUUGUGUAAGCUACUGUUUUAACCUCUUAGUUAUGUGUGAAUAGUCAAAGAAAUGCGUAAAUGUGUACUGGAUCAACAACACCCCGCACGAAUGAAUGAAUGAGUGAAUGAUGUGUAUGUGGAACCAACAUUAGAAUACAAUCAUGUUGCCAGGUCUGUGUUCACACUAUAUCCUAGGUGCUGUCAGUAUGCACAUAAUGAAGAUGCCCUCAAAACCCCUCGUAAUGUACAGAGUUGGCUAUGCUGCGCUGCUCUAGAGGGGGGAGAAAUGGCUGUAUCAUUUAAGAGAAAAGUUGAAACUUGCUUAGUAGCAUAAUACUCCAUAUUAAUCUUUGUGAGCUAUCUGACCACUCGAAAGGAACUAUUGAUGGUAUCAACUAAAUACACCUGUAAGGUUUAGGUUGGGGAUGGAUAUAUGUAUAUGCAAUAUAUGUAUGCCAUUUUUAUCUCUAUAAUGAUGUUGGUCUACUCUGACUGGGAGUUAUUUUUUAGUUUCCCCCUUCAAAGUUGAUUAUGUUUGCAGUGUUGUUCAGUGGCAGACCCUUUAUAUUUAUUUAAAUGUCAAAAAGAGUUUUUGUCUCACAUUUCCAUUCCUAUGUCCUCUGUUAUUGUAAAUAUACAGCAAAUAUUCACCAACUGACAACAGGUUUAUUAGCAAUAAAUAUUUUUGCACCCUG